CGGCGAGCAAUCGAUCGCGAUCGAGCGGGGAGAGCUAGGGCGGGGAUCGUCCCGGUGGGUUGGAGCUUGCGGCGUCGCAAAUCCCUGCUCUCCGAGUGAGCCGUUCUUGGCCUUGGCGAUCCGGUAAAUAUUUUGUGAUCUUCCACGCUGGGCGCUGCUGGUGUCAUUGCGCGAUCGAUCGCUCGAGCUCCCUCCAAUAUCCAUCGAUCGCAGAGAGAGGGAGCAGCAAGAGAAAGAAGUAGUGUCUACGAUGAUGGGGCACUCCAACGAUCCUCGCGAUUCACCAAUGCCCGACAUAGACAUGAUCGUUCCCUCGUCUCCAACGCACAGCCAGAAAUCCACGUUUGGUCCACAAGUUCUUUCGCACAGGCUCACUGGACCAUUCACUCUCUUUGGAACUUCCGAUCGCGUGAACAUGGAGAAGAUAUACAUUGACAAGGAACUCAAUAAGUUGAUUCCGGGGAACAACAGUCCAGGACCAAUCUACAAUUCUCUCUCGUCUAUCGGCAAGCAAGUCGAAUCUAUCAAUGGCAAUGCACCGUGCUUGACUUUUGGACGGGAUAAGCGGUGGAAGGGAAGGCGCUCUACAGGCGUUCCUGGUCCUGGAGCCUAUGAGGACAAAGUCACGGCAUUUGGAAAUCAGUGUGUAUCGUCCAAGCAGUCACCAGAGAAGACUGACUUUGGAAAGGCUACGAGGGAGCAGACGUAUAAGAUUGAAGAGAAGGCGAGAUUUAUCUCUCCAGGUCCAGUGAGAUGUGACGAAAGAUCCUCCAUUGGCAGCCAGAUCCAUUCUGCAAACUCCACAGCCCCAAAGUUUCGAUUUGGCCAUGAGAGACGCUUUAGAGUACGUCUCCUCGGAAGUAAAAACAAAGAAAGAAGAUGGGAAUGGGGGAGAAUGCAGACUCAGGUGAUCAACAAGUUAUCGUUGUGUGUGUUCUUCUUCAGGAGGGGCCUAUUUCAGAAGGUUCGACUCCUGGAGCUGGACGCUAUGAUUGCCUCAGUUCGGUAGGCAAGCAGCACGAGUCCAAGAAGGGGAACUCGCCGUCCUACUCGAUUGGAAUUGCAACCAGGCAGAACC